AUGGAGCAAUCGACGCGAGCACAGCGCGUGCUCUGGGACAGGGAGGCGCAAUCUGCUGAGCAGGACCCCAGCAGACUGGAGCUGGGAACCGGCCUGCAAGGCACGACGCCCUCUGGCAGCUCUGGCAGCUUCCGGUUCCCAGUGGUGGAAGGCAAACUCUGCGACCCAUUCCCAAGAAACCCAAAGCCAUGGCCCAGAGACCACAGAGGCGAGAGUGUGGCCCCACAGGAGGCCACGAGCGAGUGGAACCCACCCGAGGGCCCGGAUCCCGCCCAAGCAGAGGGCGCCACCCCCGCCCGCCGGCCGGUCACCGCUCCCUCCCCCGCGCCCUCUGCGCGGCCGGGCUAUUUUUAUGCGCGGACACCGGACACCGGGCUGGGGCGGCGGCGGCCGAGGCGGGGCACGGCGGGCCGGGCGUCGGGGCACACGGGCGUCCGCGGGGUCCGGGCAGCUCGGGCCAUGGAGCCGCCGUGCGGCUGCUGCGAGCGGCUGGUGCUCAACGUGGCGGGGCUGCGCUUCGAGACGCGGGCGCGCACGCUGGGCCGCUUCCCGGACACGCUGCUCGGGGACCCGGCGCGCCGCAGCCGCUUCUACGACGGCGCGCGCCGCGAGUAUUUCUUCGACCGGCACCGGCCCAGCUUCGACGCCGUGCUCUACUACUACCAGUCGGGCGGGCGGCUGCGGCGGCCGGCGCACGUGCCUCUCGACGUCUUCCUGGAGGAGGUGGCCUUCUACGGGCUGGGCGCCGCGGCCAUGGCGCGCCUGCGCGAGGACGAGGGCUGCCCGGUGCCAGCCGAGCGCCCCCUGCCCCGCCGCGCCUUCGCGCGCCAGCUCUGGCUGCUCUUCGAGUUCCCUGAGAGCUCGCAGGCCGCGCGCGUGCUGGCUGUCGUCUCCGUGCUCGUCAUCCUCGUCUCCAUCGUCGUCUUCUGCCUCGAGACGCUGCCUGACUUCCGCGAUGACCGCGACGACCCGGGGCUCGCUGCGGUAGCCGCCGCAGGCUCGUUCCCUGCUCGGCUGAAUGGUUCCAGCCUCGUGCCUGGACCGCCACCCCGUCUGCCCUUCAAUGACCCGUUCUUUGUGGUGGAGACGCUGUGCAUCUUCUGGUUCUCCUUCGAGCUGCUGGUGCGCCUGCUAGCCUGCCCGAGCAAAGCCAUCUUCUUCAAGAAUGUGAUGAACCUCAUCGAUUUCGUGGCCAUCCUGCCAUACUUUGUGGCGCUGGGCACCGAGCUGGCCCGGCAGCGGGGUGUGGGUCAGCCGGCCAUGUCCCUGGCCAUCCUGCGGGUCAUCCGUUUGGUGCGUGUCUUUCGCAUCUUCAAGCUCUCCCGGCACUCGAAGGGCCUGCAGAUUCUGGGCCAGACACUUCGGGCCUCCAUGCGUGAGCUGGGCCUCCUCAUCUUCUUCCUCUUCAUUGGGGUGGUCCUCUUUUCCAGCGCAGUCUACUUUGCUGAAGUUGACUCUGUGGAGUCCCAUUUCACCAGCAUCCCCGAGUCCUUCUGGUGGGCUGUGGUUACCAUGACCACUGUUGGGUAUGGAGACAUGGCACCCGUCACUGUGGGUGGCAAGAUAGUGGGCUCUCUGUGUGCCAUUGCCGGCGUGCUGACCAUUUCCCUGCCUGUGCCUGUCAUUGUCUCCAACUUCAGCUACUUUUACCACCGGGAGACAGAAGGCGAGGAGGCCGGGAUGUAUAGCCACGUGGACACACAACCCUGCAUCAACCUGGAGGGCAAGGCCAAUGGGGGGUUGGUGGAUGGAGAGGUGCCUGAGCUGCCACCUCCACUCUGGGUGCCCCCUGGGAAACACCUGGUCACUGAAGUGUGAAGGGCAGUUGAGGUCUACAGGAGGGAGGAGGGGGGAGGGGAACAGGGGAGGGGAUGGAGUUUAGGAAGGACUAGGCUAAGCGGUGACCAGUGCUGAGUCUUGUUGGGUCUGUAGCUGCUGUGGAUACUUCCUGAAGGAGCAAUGAAUGCCAGUGGUUUGUGUUAGUCGAGGGGUGGCCCCAUUGAUUCAUAUUGCAUUGUGUUGUGCCAAGCUUGUGAGCCUUUUGAGGUAGUGUUGAGAUAGGUUUGGCCACAUCCGAUUGGGAGUUUUGUUGGGUGGGGCGGGUGAUUAGUCUGGGGAAAUCUUGUCCAAGUGCAUAAUGCAGGGUUCUGUGGCCUUGAGUCCCCCUGGGCCAUGUUGGGUCAAGUCAGGUGAUCAUUUAAGGGCAUUAUUGAGAUGGACCGUAUGGUCAUGUAUGGUGUCGUGGAGACAUGGACAAUUGUGUGGCUUUGUGUUUUUUCUAGGCCAUGUUAUUUUAUGUUCUGUGAAUUUAUGAGUCAUGUGGGAAUACAGAGUCAGGUAAUAGAAUUUGAGCUUUCUAGGUCGAGGUGGGUGAAGUUGGGUUGGAAUGUCUGAUGGGAUUCAUCUUUUAGGUGCUAUCAAGUUUAGGUGCUGUUGAGUUGUGUAGACUUCUGUGGCUGGGAGUUUUUCAGGGACACAGUGAGCUGUGUUGAAAUAUAGAGGCAUGUGAGUCUUUUAAAGUCAGUUAGGUCAGGUCAUAGGACUGUUGGGUCAUGGGGCCAUGCUGAGGCCUGCCAUUGCAUGAUCCCAUAGGAAUGUUGGGUUGAGGUCCAUCGAACCGUGUGAAGUGGAUUUGCAUUUGGUAGAAGCAUCAGGACCCAAGGAUCACAGCCCUGGGCAAGAGUCACAAGGUGGUGUGGGUAUGGGCACUGCUACUGCAGAAGUGGGCUGGAUUCUGAGCAGUGGAGUUAGAGAUUCAUCCACAGGGGCUUGAGGGACGUAGAAAAAGAGCCGCUCCUUCCACUUACCCCACAUGUGCUUCAUUUCACCGUUCGAACCCCCACUCUAUCUGGUCUCCUCGGUGGUUAGCAAGGAGACAUGGAAACAUGGAGGCCAGAGAAGAGAGAGAGGGGAAAAAUGUUUGUCCUAUGUCUAGACAUAAUGGGAGACAAGAUCAAAGGGAGGGGGAGACACAGACC